AUGGGAAAUACGUGCUCAAGUUGCCAAAACAAUAAAAAGAGAAUAAGGUAAAGAGAAAAAUUCAUAAUUUGAAUAGGCCUCAUUAACACGAUCAAUAAGAUUCAAAGAAAUUGAAUUACAAUCAAAUCCAAAAAUAUGAAACUUUCACUUAUUUAGAAUAAAGACAUUACUUAAAAUGGUUAGGAAUUUACGGAUAGAAUAACUAGAAGGUUGGCAAUUGGACAGCUGCAUGGAAUGGAGUGAUAUUAGACAAUGUUGGCGGAUAGUACUCUGAGGAUGGGAAAAAAAAGGGUUAAUGGAAAGAAUUAGCAAAGAUGUUUUGGAAGUAUUUAUGAAUUUAGAAAAAUAUUAUAAGAAAUGGUUAAGUUUAUAUGUGCGGAGAAUACUGUGAUGAUAUAAAAAAUGGGAAAUGGAUAUAUAUUUAUGAUGAAAAUUAGAUGUUUGAUUAUUGAAAUAUAAAUUAGUGGAGGUGGAUCUUAUAAUAAACAAGGACUAAAGAAUGGCAGAUGGAUUGAUUUAAGCGACAAGUUUUAGGGUGAUUCACAAAUUACUUACAAUGGUGAAUAUAAAAAUGGUAAAAAAAUUGGUAAUUGGGAUUUAUCAUAUAGAAGAAGUAAUCAAUUUGAAAAAAUGUAAGCAAUAUUUGUAAUACAAUUUACUUUAGUGGUGGAGGAUCAUAUAAUGAAAGUGGAGAAGAGAUUAAGUUUGGUAAAUGGAUUGAGUAAAGUGAAGUGUUUAGAUUAGAUUCUUAAGUUAUUUAUAAUGGAUAAUAUAAAAAUGGUAAAAAAGUAGGCAGGUGGGAGGUGUUGUAUAGAAAAUAAUAUGAAAAUGAAUUUAAAUAGAUGUACAAAAUAUAAUCUAAAAAAUUUUUAGUGGUGGAGGAUUGUAUGAUGAGGAAGGGUCAGAGAUUAAAUUAGGCUUUUGGAUAGAAGUGGCCGAUGGAUUUGGCAAAUAUUCUGAAUUUACGUAUUAAGGAGAGUAUCAAAAAGGGAAAAAAGUUGGUCGAUGGGAUAUUUGGUAUAAAAAGCCGCAUUCUGCCGAUAAGAGCGAGUGGAUGUAUUAAUAUUUUAUUUAAAGCACAUAAAAUAUUCAAUAGUGGAGGGGGAUCAUAUAAUGAAGCAGAUUAGGUUCAGUUUGGUAGUUGGAUCGAAGUGUCUUCUGAAUUUAAUUAUUAUUCUUAAAUUACCUAUAAUGGAGAUUAUUUGAACGGUACAAAAAUUGGUCGAUGGGAUAUUUUGUAUCGAAAAUAAUAUGAAAAUUAAUUUAAACAAAUGUAAGUAACAUGAAAUAUUUUAAGUGGUGGAGGAUAAUAUAAUAAUAAAGAUGGAAAUAAGUUGGGGGAUUGGGUUGAAGUAUCUAAUCAAUUUUCUUUUGAUUCCUAAGUAAUUUAUAGUGGAAAAUAUUUAAAUGGUAAAAAAAUAGGAAUAUGGGAUAUUAUGUUUAGACGAAGUAAUCAAUUUGAAAAAAUGUAAGCAAUAUUUUUAAUAAAAUUUACUUUAGUGGUGGAGGAUAAUAUAAUGAAAGUGGAGACGAGAUUAAGUUUGGUAACUGGAUUGAGUAAAGUGAAGGUUUUAAGUUAGAUUCUUAAGUUAUUUAUAAUGGAUAAUAUAAAAAUGGUAAAAAAGUAGGCAAAUGGGAAGUGUUGUAUAGAAAAUAAUAUGAAAAUGAAUUUAAAUAGAUGUACAAAUAUAAUAUAGAAAUUUAUUUAGUGGUGGAGGAUUAUAUGAUGAGGAUGGGUCCGAGAUUAAAUUGGGCCGUUGGAUUGAGUUAUUUGAAGAGUUUAAAUGGGAUUCUUAAAUUAUUUAUACAGGUGAAUAUUAAAAUGGUAAUAAAGUUGGGUAAUGGGAUGUGAUGUAUAGAGGAUAAUAAGAAAAAGAAUUUAAAUAGAUGUAAGACAAAUUUAAUAGUUAUAUUUCAUUUAGUGGUGGCGGAUCAUAUGAUGAAGAAGGCACCCAAAUUAAGUAGGGCCUAUGGACUGAAUUGUCUGAUGAUUUUCUACCUACAAAUUGUGUAGUUAAAAAUGGCGAGUAUCAAUGUGGAAAAAAAGUUGGUAAAUGGACCGAAAUUGAUAUUUAGAACAAUCAAAAAGGCAAUGAAUUAAAAAUAUGA